CCCUCGGCUUGAUGACGAUUUUCCACCUGCAUUGAUUGCAAUUACUGCACAAACCUUCGGCGUUUCGGGCCGCAACGUCGUGAUUAACUCCAUUCCAUCACAUCCAACCAUCCGAGGUGGGACAUAAUCAUAUAACACCACUCCGCCUCCCACUUCUGUCGAGCUUCUAUUUCUUCUUCUCAUUUCCCCAUCGAGCUACUUUUUCAAUCCAGUAGCCUUCGUCUUUUCCAUCUCAGCUUGCCUUUAUCCACCUGCUCUUAUCAAUUGCUGCUCCACCACCAGGCUCCUCACAUCCCCAAAGCAAAAAAGCCAGCGUCAACACCAAUGGCCUCCAACUCCGCCGCCGUCUUUGGCUCGACCGGCCUCGUUGGCUCCCACAUCCUGUCCAACCUCCUCGCCACCGGGCCCUUCAAGCCCGUCACCACCAUCGCCCGCCGCGCGCCAAAGGCCGAGUCGCCCAGCCUCAACUCCAUCGUCGACGCCGACUCCAACAAGUGGCCCGCCACGCUCCUCGGCCUCUCGCCCGCGCCGCACGUCACCUUCUCCGCCAUCGGCACCACGCGCGCGGCCGCCGGCGGCAUCGAGAACCAGUGGAAGAUUGACCACGACCUCAACGUCGAGGUGGCCCGCGCCGCGAAGCAGGCCGGCGUCAAGACGUUUGUCUUCAUCUCCAGCGUCGGCACCGACGGCCUGCUGGCGUCUACUUCGCCCUACAGCAAGAUGAAGAAGGGCGUCGAGACGACCAUCAAGGAACUCGAGUUUGACCACGGCAUCAUUGUGCGGCCGGGGCUCAUCCUGGGCGAGCGCGAGCAGGGCCGCUUCUUGGAGGGUCUUGCUACCACUCUGGUUCGUGGCCUGGGGUUCAUCGGGUUGAAGGACAGCGUUGCGCAAGAUGCCGAGGUGAUUGCGCGAGCGGCCAUUCGGGCCACGCAGCUGGCCGAUGAGGGCAAGGCUCCCAGCAAGUUCUGGGUGCUUGGUCAGAGCGACAUUAUCAAGCUUGGCCGGACGGAGUGGCAGGGCGAGGAGAAGAAGUAGACGUCUUCAACUGCGGGGAUGCAUGUAUCUCGCAUUGGCGUACAUGGAAUUGAUCAAUACCCUCUCUGCUCUUUUUUUCUUCUCCUUUUUAAAUUUUCUUUCAUACUAAUCAACUUUCUCUUUCAAUACCCAAGCUCGUGGACCACAGGAGGGGGCCAUUGCUUAGCUCAAUUCUUAGGAAUUGCCAAGCACCAGUGAUGUUCGACCACGAUCAAGAAGAGCAAAGAAAACAGAAUGAUGAAUCAGACAUGUUAUAAGGGGGGGGAGCGCAGAUUAGAAACAUUUGCAAGCAAGUUGAAAAAUCUCUUCUUUGGUGUAGCUAGUUCAUGGCUGAAGUUGUUAUAUUGGUAAGCAAAACGCUGGCUUACACGUAGCUUUGAAAUUCAAAUGAUACCUCUUUCCAUCUUUUAAAAAGCUG